AUGUCAUACUACGACAUCGAUGCGAUCCUAACGGAUGCAGAGAAAAUCCCCUGCACCUUCCAGAUCGACGUCGCCGACCUAGGCUACCUCGACAACCAACCCGGCCACACCCUCAAAUCCGGCUCGCGCGUCGCCCUCCCCAUCUGGCUAGCCGAGAUGCUCGCCAUCGCCAACACCGGCGCAGUCGUCAUGGACGACCCCUCCCAAUCCAGCAAAUCCUUCAUCACCUUCGACCUUCCCCCCGCGCUAGGCAACGACGUCGUCCAGGCACUCAAAGCCAACCCCCGCUCCGUCCCUCUGCGCGACCAGAGCGCCCACUUUUACGCUUUGGCAACGCACAUGAUGGAACUAUCAGAGGAGCCGGAGCUGAGCGCAGUGUUAAGGAAGACGUUUGUGUCUCGGGCGGCGGAGAUCGCCUUGCAUGCGAGGAAAGUGGGUGGUGGUGGGACUUCGUAUCACGGACGGGAUGGAGGAGGCGCAGCAGGGAAGGGAAAGGGGAAGGCGACCAAGGAGGAUAAUGCGAGUAAUCUGGGAGUUGGAGGUGCCGGCGAGGACUUCUUGAGGGGGUUGGAUGAGUGGGAGAGGAAGUUGUUUAGGAGUGCGCAUGAUGGCACGAAGGCGAGUAAGGAGUGGAUGGAGAACGUGAAGAAGAGAUGA